AAUUCCAUUUUAAAUACAUUCUUACCUCACCAGUUUUUCACAAAUGUAUCUGUCGUGCAGCUUUAUAUGAAUUGGACAUAUACGGAGAGAUACGGAGUCAAUAACUUUAGUCAUCAUAUUUAUAUAAACGAGAAAGAGCAAGUCACAGCGGAACAUAUAUAUAUAUAAUCCCAAUAUUGUUGUAUGCGAUCUCCAUGGCAGCUUUCUCGUCUGCAAUGGCGAGCCAGGAUUGGUCCUCGAAGUGCGCGUCAGAAAGGCCUUCAGUCAUAAAAAUAUCAUGUCUGCAAUACAGAACGUACUUUUUACUAAAUACUUUGUCUCGUAAUGUAAGCAUAAGCGGUGUGAUCCUUAUAAAUAGUAGAACGAUAGAAGCGAUCGUUAUAUCACGCAUCUUUCCGGAAACUGCAUUAACAACAAGGAGGACUGUUUAUGAUUGGAUGUAUAAAUAUAAACUUUCAGCACCCUUGGUAGCUUAUGGUACAACAUUUAAUUUUACUGAAUUAAAUAUUUAUUUAGAUGGUAAAAAGACGAAUAAGGUAUAUUUAUUGUCUUCAUUUAUUUUGCAAUGAAUUGUCAUUCUUGUAAAAUUGAUGUAACUUUCUAUUAUACAUCGAUUACAUAAAUAAAAUUAAUUUUGGUCUC